UGAAGUGCUCUCCGGUGUCACGUGCUUCACGCGGCUUCUCCUCCGGACUGGUUGGAACCGACAGAAAGCAGCCGGAGCUUCUUCAGCCGACCUGAGGGGAGAAACGCAACCUUCAUCCCGCACACAGUGAGCGUCUCACACCCCCCCCCCCGCUGCAGACAUUCACUCCCAACAUGUCCACUUUCUGUGUGCUGAGGACUCGCUGCUUCCUCCGGCAGGUCCUCCCCGGCCUGCCCGCCGCCAUGCAGAGACACUACAGCCUGGAUGUCUCCGCUCCGCUGCUGCGGACGCAAGGCUACAUAGACGGCCGCUGGGUCUCCGCAGCCUCGGUGUUCCCCGUGCUGGACCCCGCCACAGGGGAGGAGAUAGCCCGGGUGUCCGACUGUGGCCCGGCUGAGGCCAAGCAGGCUGUGGACGCUGCGUACAAGGCGUUUCAUUCCUGGAAGCAGUACAGUGCUAAGGAACGCAGCGUCCUGCUGAGGAAAUGGUACGACCUGCUGACGCUGCACAAAGAAGAGCUGGCCAAACUGAUCACCUUCGAAUGUGGUAAGCCCAUGCAGGAGUCUCGUGGGGAGGUAGCAUACUCCGCCUCCUUCCUCGAGUGGUUUUCGGAGGAGGCUCGGCGAGUUUACGGCGACGUCGUUCCGUCUCCGGCCAGAGACAGAAAGAUCCUCCUCCUCAAGCAGCCUGUGGGCGUCGCCUCCAUCAUCACCCCGUGGAACUUCCCGAGCGCGAUGAUCACCAGGAAGGUCGGCGCGGCGCUGGCCGCCGGCUGCACCGUGGUGGUGAAACCGGCGGAGGACACGCCGCUGUCGGCGCUCGCUCUGGCUGAGCUGGCGGAGCAGGCGGGGAUCCCUGCCGGGGUGUUUAACGUCGUCCCCUGCUCCCGAGAGAAGACUCCGUCAGUCGGGCAGGUUCUCUGCACCGACCCACUCGUGGCCAAAAUCUCCUUCACCGGCUCCACCGCCACCCGGCAAGAGUAUUUUCUUAUCUGCUCUCAGCUGCUGCUCAAACUGGCUGCUGACACCGUGAAGAAGGCGUCCAUGGAGCUGGGAGGCCACGCCCCCUUCAUUGUGUUCGACAGCGCCGACGUCGACAAGGCCGUGGGCGGAGCCAUGAACUCCAAGUUCAGGAACUCUGGACAGACGUGCGUGUGUUCGAACCGCUUCCUGGUGCAGAGCAGCGUCCACGAUCUCUUCAUGGAGAAGCUCGGCCGAGCGAUGGACGCCGAGCUCCGUCUGGGUCACGGCUCAGAGCCCGACACCACGCAGGGGCCGCUCAUCAACGCCAGAGCUGCAGACAAGGUGGUCCACCAGAUAUUGGACGCCGUGUCCCGGGGAGCGAAGGUGCUGAAGGGCGGGCAGCGUCUGGACGGGUCCUUCAUGCAGCCCACGCUGCUGGCCGACGUCACCACGGACAUGAUCUGCAGCCAGGAGGAAACCUUCGGCCCGCUGCUGCCCGUCAUCAGGUUCAACACGGAGGAAGAAGCUCUGGCCAUCGCCAACGCAUCGAAUGUCGGGCUCGCAGGCUACUUCUACUCGCAGGAUGUGAGUCAGAUCUGGCGGGUGGCGGAGGCGUUGGAGGUGGGGCUAGUUGGGGUCAACGAGGGCCUCCUAUCCACCGCGGAGGCCACAUUCGGCGGAGUCAAACAGUCCGGUUUGGGCCGCGAAGGCUCCAAGUACGGCAUCGACGAGUAUCUGGACGUCAAGUACAUGUGCUUCGGAGGCCUGAAGCCCUGAAGGGACUCAUCAAGAAAGAAUAAGACUCGUAUAAAUGCAGUAAUCAUAAAGUAUAAUUAUUUUAUUAAAACCAAUUCAUAAUAACCCUUUACAAAUACCUUAAAUCUAAAUAAUUCUGAAGUCGUGUAUGUAAUGUGGGUCGGAGAAGAAACAUGGUCGUCUUAAUGUCCCGUCUGUUCAUAAGAAACUGUUCGUAUGUAGAAAAAGACAAAAAUCUUUCAGUAAUAAUUAUUAUAAAACAAAUAAUCAGUGUUUGACAUCAGAUAAAAUAUGUUUAGUAAAUGUUUGUCAGAAUGUUUGUGAUUCACACAAAAGGAUCAAAAGACUUUAUAUUAAAUGUAAAACACAUUUUUAUAAACUGUACGAUGUUGUGCUGUGUAGGGAGGGAAAUACUCUCUUCUGAUUGGCCCGAGGAAGAGGAGCUUAUAGAUGGUCGCUCUGCACCAAUCACAAUACAGAGUUGCUGUUGCUACGUCUGUCAAUCUUUCCAGUUUAGCACAGUUUACAAUAACUCACCAGAUUUACCAUCAAAAUUCAAAAUCCGUUUCAUAUUUAUAACCGGCAGCUGUUGUUGUAGCUUCGUGGGAAACUCCGUCUGCAGCCGAUUUAAUGCAGAUUCGUUUAAAAAUCAGAUCCCUGAACAAUAGAUUUAAAUAUUUAAUGUCUACAAAGAAAUAAAUAAAGAAAUAAAGGAGCAGCUUCGUUCGUGUGUUGUUGGUAAAGUUAUUCGCCUCUAAGAAUUAUAAGAAAGAAAACUGAACUUCAAACUUUCUAUAGAAACAUAUAAAGUGACUUUAACAGGCAACACAAAAGUUUUAUUGUUCACAUUUUCAAACAAUAUUUUUUUACUUUUCACAAGAGAAAAAGAUUUGAACAUGACACACGUGCUAACAUUAGCAUACGUUAGCAUCCAGUAUCACCCAGGACCGACUCCCACACGGUGGGUGUUCCUGAACGGAGAUCAUUCUCCUGUAAACUUUAACGUUUGUAAUAAAUAUCCCUGGAAGACGCACGGUUACUGCUGUAUGCUAACAAGCUAGUUAGCGUUAGCACACAAACACAGAUUCAUCUUUCCUCACUUGUUGCUUCUUAAAUCUUUGUUUGCACGAAGAAUAUAAAGAAAGAUACGACCCCUCAUGUCAGACCCUCAGCCUAGUUACGGUUGCUAGGCUUUGAUUGGACAAACUGUUCUGGGGGCGGGGUUUAGCAACCAGAACGUUGGUGCGGACGUCGUGAACCUCUAGCCAAUCAUAAUCCAGUAUUUUCUGGGACUCUGAUAUGAAAGUCGUGCCGCCGUUUGUGUAGUUUAUCCGGCGUUGGUCGUGAGGAUGAGAAUACUGUGACAGUGAAACACCACAUUGAUUAUUAUAUUUGGGUUUUAAUUACAUUAAACAAUUGCUGAUGUGUGACAUCCAUAUUUCAGCUUUCAGAAGAAUCAUAAUCACGAAUUGGAAGUUGACAUAAAUGCAAGUUACAAGUCAGAAACAUGAAACACGUGAACUUCAUCCAGCAGCUCAGACGUUUGUUUAAAGGUGAAGUCAGAUUUACUCUGAUAAAAUAAAGAUGUUUGUAAAACAUUGAGUUUGUCUGUUGGAGGCCUUUAGUGUGAAAUCUGUAUUUCCUGUAUAUUCUCACAUUUGAACACAUUAAGGCCUGUGCACUUUGUUUAGUGUCGAACGUUAGUCCCACAUUUCAAUAAUACAUUCAAUCAUUCCUUUAUUAGUCCCACAACGGGGACAUGAAUGAAUGAAUUAAAGGUGAAUACAUGAUGUGAUGUUUAAGAUGCACCUCAUUCUGUGAAUAAAAGAUUCUUGUAGUUCAGUCGUUGUUCCUGUGUAGCUUGAUGUUGUGCAGGUUCUGAGCCGCUGUUCCCUGAACGGUCCCUCUACAGUACGUUCAGUUGAACGCCUGAACGUCUCGUGUGUUGACCUCCAGUUCAACUUUAAGUUGGUGUUCAAUGACUGGAAGUAAUCAGCGCUGAGCUCGGCCGGUUCUCUGUAAACCUGUGAGUUUGAUUCGACUAAUUUGACCCUGAAACAGGAUUUUCAAGGUUUUUUAAAGCUGGUUUUAAAACUAAUCGUCAGUCGUUGAAAGAUGUCGUGACUCGAGAACAGAUUGUGUCGUUGGGAGAUGAAGAUCACAACAUUUGGAGAAACCUUCCUCCUCGUUAAGAGAUUCAAAUCUUGUAAUUAGGUCUUGACCUUUGUUUCAGAUAAAGAUGUCUUAGUAGAUGCACUAGGUGUCUCAAUAUACUGUUUAAUGUAACCAUAUAAUAUAACAUUUUAAUAAUAUUGCUUAAAUAAUCCAUCAUAACGUAGUUACAGACGCUCUCCACCUCUCGACACUCGUAUUUAUAAUUUAAUUAAUUUGCCAAAAUAAAAACGCACAAAGAAACAAACGAUAUAUAUAAAAUACUGAAUGCAUGCGAUAAUCUGAUGUGCGAUAGUGACGGCACCUCGUCGUUUUGAGAUUAACCAGCUUUAUAAAACUCCACUUUAUUAGUGAUGUCUGUACGAUAUAUUGUACUUCUGUACAAAUCUUACAAAGUUUGUUCAGUUUUUGUUUCAUUGUCAGAAAUGUGUAAACUCAAUGUUUUUGUAUUAAUGAGCUCAGAGUUAUUGUGAGUAUAAAUCCAACAGCGUCUCUGACUGAUGAUGAAACUCACAAUCAAAUCAACAUCAUAAUAAACUGAAAGUGCACUGGUCCACAUGUGAAAACCAGAAGACUGUGUUUCUAAUAUUAAGUGGAAUUAUGUCGUAUUUAACGUAAUAAAAUAUACAUUUUGUAUUUCUGAUAUGAAUAGAAAAUUAAAGAGGAAAUUGUAAUAGGA